AGAGCCCUUGGAGAACCGCUGCGAGUCAGACUAGGCAGACAGCUGAGCCAAAAGGAAGUUGCUGUCAGCGCAAUACCUUUCGCUCUUCUCCCAGCCCUCUGUUAAUACGCAUGCGUGGAUAAAAUCUAGCCCGUAUAAGCAGUGUCUUUAUUUACUCUUCCACAAAACCUCUUUUAUCCUCUUGAUCUGGAGAGGAUCAGGAUCGUUGUUGACCUGUAGAUUUCUUGGAUUAUUUGCACAAUAAAAUGCACGCAUUGACUUCGGCCUAGUUAAAAGUGAGUGCAGCGACGCCCACUGUUUGGCAUUUCGCGGCCGGCGUCAACCAUCAGCUCUACUCCGCUGUUCCGUCAAAUCCAAGUAUUUAGCUCCGCCCCAUUUCUGACUUUAGCACUGACCUAUUCACGUGCCAUCCUCGGCGUGUCUGCUCAAAUGCGAGUCCUUUUAAAUCCAGAUGAACCAUGGCUGCUUCCAUCCUUGUUCGACGCUGCCAGGUGUGGCUCUGUUGGACACCAUCAAGGUUGCAGACUGGAUAUCUGAGAGAAGCUCUGAAUAUGCAGAUGAGUUUUGCAGCUGUGCAUCAAGUAAAGAAGAAAGAAGCAAAACUUUUGAAGAAACAAGUCCCACAUGACAUCAGUCGCAUCACCAAGAGAGCUCUGCAUGCCACCCUGCUUUGCUUCCAAGAAGUGAUGCUAACCAGUGAACGAUAUGAGGUGCAGAGGCUCCCCUUUGCCCAUGUUUCUGAUAGAGAUUUAUCUUUCUUUGAGCACCUUAUGCCUGGCAGAGUCAUAACUGAUGUAGAUGAACUGAAACCCUUCAAUGUGGACUGGCUGAAGACUGUGAGAGGCAGCAGUAAAGUGUUGCUGAAGCCACGCACAACAGAGGAAGUAUCUGAGGUUCUCAGGUACUGCAAUAAGAGGAACUUGGCUGUGAACCCUCAGGGGGGUAACACUGGCCUCGUUGGGGGCAGCGUCCCUGUCUUUGAUGAGAUCAUUCUCUCCACAGCUCUUAUGAACCAGGUCAUCAGCUUCAACACUGUGUCUGGGAUCCUAGUUUGCCAGGCUGGCUGCAUUUUAGAAAGCCUCAACCAGUAUCUAGAGCAACAGGACUUCAUUAUGCCUCUUGACCUGGCAGCAAAGGGCAGUUGCCAUAUUGGUGGAAAUGUGGCAACAAAUGCUGGUGGCUUACGACUCCUGAGGUAUGGCUCUCUCCGAGGGACAGUCCUGGGUUUAGAAGCGGUGCUAGCUGAUGGUUCCAUUCUGAAUUGCUUGUCAUCUCUGCGGAAGGAUAAUACUGGCUAUGACUUGAAACAGCUUUUCAUUGGAUCAGAGGGGACCUUGGGAAUGGUUACGGCUGUGUCAGUCCUAUGUCCACGGAAACCCAAAGCUGUGAAUCUAGCAUUUCUUGGUUGUCCAGGGUUUUCUCAGGUCCUGAGAACCUUCACUACCUGCAAGGGGAUGCUAGGAGAGAUCCUUUCUGCAUAUGAGUUCAUGGACAAUGAGUGCAUGGAGUUGGUUAAAAGACAUCUCAACCUGGUCAACCCAGUGGCAGAAAGUCCAUUUUAUGUCUUAAUUGAGACUUCAGGGUCUAAUUCUGCCCAUGAUGAAGAAAAACUGAGCAACUUCCUGGAACAUGUUAUGGCCUCCAAUUUGGUGGCAGACGGAACUUUGGCUUCAGAAGAUAAAAAAAUCCAGAUGCUGUGGGCGUUACGGGAGCGGAUCACAGAGGCCCUAACGUGCGAUGGAUAUAUCUACAAGUAUGACAUUUCACUUCCUGUUGAGAAACUCUAUGAUCUUGUAACUGACACGAGGGCACGGCUGGGCAGAACUGCCAAGAAUGUUGUGGGUUAUGGCCAUCUGGGAGAUGGAAACUUGCACCUGAACAUCACAGCUGAGUCUUACAGUCAUUCACUCUUGGAAGCCAUUGAACCCUAUGUGUACGAGUGGACGUCCCAGUAUCACGGAAGUAUCAGCGCAGAACAUGGUCUGGGCUUCAAGAAAAAGCAUUAUAUUCACUACAGUAAGCCACAGGAGGCUGUCCUUCUCAUGCAGCAGUUCAAGGCCAUGCUGGACCCCAAAGGCAUUUUAAACCCUUACAAGACCUUACCAAUCAAGGCUGAAUGAUGCUGUCUGCCAGAAAACGAUGUGUAAUCUUUUAACUGAGACUUUCUAGCACUCUGUCUGUGACUAGCCAUGAACAAAGUAUGAAGCUACAACCUGACCUGGAGGUCUGCAUUUUGUUUUCCUAAGUAAAAGAAUUGCUGAACUCCCA